AUCUGUGUAUAUGAUGUGUAUGUAUAUAUAAAUAUUCAAUUGAAUUUAAAUUUCUAGUGUUUUAUAUGAUUUAACAUGUCUGAUCAUCACGUUGGAAAAGGUUAUACACCAUUACCGCAAAAUAUAAGUAAUACUGAUACUGAAGAUGAAGAAGAUUGUUUGGCACAACCAAAUGAAAUUCCAAAAGAUCAUAUUGAUGAUACGCAAUUGCAAUCAACUGUUAUCCUUGAAAAUGGAGUAUAUUAUCCACUGGAUGAAACACGGAAUUUAGAAAAUCGUACAAAAAAUGGACAAAAUAUGUUGAAAUAUUAUAGAGAUGAUAUACCAAUAAUGAUUGUUGAAGGCAAUAAUCAAAAUGAUUUAUGGAAAAGACAUGAUAUGUCUCUUUUAUGACGAUUGUGUUUGGUUGCUUCUAUAUUAUUAUGUGUCAUAACAAUAAUUAUAUUUCUAUAUGUUUUACCAUGUGACAAUUCAAUGGUAUGUCCUUCAAUAAAUGAUCCUCAGUCAUCUAUAUCUUGGGAUAAAACUUUACAAGGAAUAGAGUUACAUGGUCCUAUCUCCAUUAUACAUGGAAAUCCAUCAAAUCUUAUAUUCCUGGUUCGUGGACAACAAUAUACAGGAAAUAAUACAAAUAAUGAUCAAGGUCAGAUAUCAGCAGAAGGAGGAGGAAUAAUGUCCAUGCAAGGAAAUAGUGGUUUACCAUUAUGGUUGGUUUCUUUAAAACGACUACCUACUGAAAUUGAUUGUAUUUCAGUCGAUACAGAUCGAUCUGGGAAACCAGACUGUAUAGUAGUUGGAAAUCAAGGCCUUUUGGCUAGUAUUGAACCUAUUGCAGGAACUAUACAUUGGAGUUCAAAUAUUCAUACAUUUGAAAAACUACCUUUAAUUUUAUCAGAUAUUGAUUCAGAUACAGUAGAAGAUUUUUUAAGUAUAGAAAUAGCAACGAAAAAUAAUCUUGUUCUUUUAUCUGGUGCAACUGGUCAUCUUUUAGGACGAUAUUCACCUAAAAAUUGUUCAUCUAUUGAUAUAAAUAAUCAUUUUAACGAUACUAUAUCUUAUAUUUGCUAUAAUAAUAAUGGAAAAAAUGUGAUUAAAACUAUGACUAUUAAAGGAUUAUUACAUAUUAUGAAAUUAUCAGAAUAUAAAAAAAAAUUGAUAAUGAAAUCAAUGACAUUUCGAAAAUUUAAGACUUUAAAAUUCAAUGAGGAGAAUAACUGGAAUCCUACACCAUAUCACUAUUUAUCCAUUGAAAACAAAGGAUUAUGUCCAGGAGAAUUUUGUAAAGCUACUGUAAAUCUAACGUUGCAAAAACAUGGAAAUCAACCAAUAAUAAUAUGGGAUCACGUUAAUCCUAAUUCUUUUGUUUCAAAACCAGCUUUUUUGGUUAUGUCUGGAAAACCUUAUACUUCGGGAUUUGUCAUUAAGUUUUGGCAAUGGAUUAAUUCAACAUCUGAACAUAUAGAAAAAGUAUCUAUUGUUACAGAAAGAAGACUAGUAGAAAGAGUUUUAAUAGUUUUUGUAAAUUAUACUGACGUGCAAAUUAGAAAUGCCAGUCAAACUGAUAUUAUUCAAUUAUGUCGAGAUGCAGAUUGCCAACCAAAUUUGAAUUUACGUACUCGUUUUAGUUCAAUUAAAAUUGAUUGUAUUAAUGAAGAUGGAUUUCCAGAAUUAAUAACAUAUUGGUCUUCAUAUGAUAUAGAAGCAACAAAGAUACUAACAUCAAAAGUACAAGUUGUAAAAUUAAAUUCACUUGUAAAUUUGCCACAUACAAAUUAAUUUAAUUUAAUUUUUGAUUUAUCUAAUGCUUAUUAUUAUAUUAGAAAUAGUUGAAAAUCAUUUAUAAAAACUGAUUCUUCAAUUUUAUAAUAUAAAAGUAUUAAUAAAUUUUAAUAAAUUUAAAUAAUAUAAAUAUUUCAAAAAAAUGAAAACAUUUAUUUCAUUAAUAUAUUUAAAUAUAAUAGCAUUACAAUAGAUUAAUAAAUUAUAUCUGUCUAUAGAUUUAUUAUAACUAGUCAACACUUGAUAGUAAUGUAGUAAUGAAUAAACGCCUAAAUAUAUACAUAUAUAUAUUUAAAAUGAUUAUAUAUAUUGUGUGGAUGUGUGUACACGAGUGAAUGAAUAAUAAUUUUCAUUUGAAUGAAUAAUAAUGAACAAUUACUGUUAUAAUUAUUAAUAUUCAUAUUUUAAAAAAAUUCUCUUGUUUCUAAUGGUGCCUUGUGAAAGCUGUAUAAAAAAAUUAUGAAUAAAUAUAAAAUUU